CCACUGAAGUGGGAGUGGUCUCUUGGUCAUCCCCUGUACUGUCCGCAUUCUCUUGGUGAUCCUUGUACUGUCUGCAGUCUCUGGUCAUCCCCUGCACUGUCAGCAGUCUCUGGUCAUCUCCUGUACUGUGUCUGCAGUCUCUGGUCAUCUCCUGUACUGUCUGCAGUCUCUGGUCAUCCCCUGUACUGUCCGCAGUCUCUGGUCAUCUCCUGUACUGUCCACAGUCUCCGGUCAUCUCCUGUACUGUCCGCAGUGUCUGGUCAUCUCCUGUACUGUCCGCAGUCUCCGGUCAUCUCCUGUACUGUCCGCAGUCUCUGGUCAUCCCCUGUACUGUCCGCAGUCUCUGGUCAUCUCCUGUACUGUCCGCAGUCUCCGGUCAUCUCCUGUACUGUCCGCAGUCUCCGGUCAACCCCUGUACUGUGCGCAGUCUCUGGUCAUCCCCUGCACUGUCAGCAGUCUCUGGUCAUCUCCUGUACUGUGUCUGCAGUCUCUGGUCAUCUCCUG